ACUCAGGGCGGCUGUGGGCGACGCUGCUUUGAAGAACACCUCCCGCCUGCGAGGAUGCGAGAAAGACACUAAACGCGCGGUACAUUUUUUUUUUGUUUAGAACAUCAGGCACCAGCUGUGGACCUGAGGCACCACGGGAGGAUUUUGGACACCCGACCAAGCUGCGUGGGUGUUUUGUGCCACUUCUUCAUGACAAGCCGGCGCCUGGCGGGUUGCUGACAGCGCAACUAUCCCAGCGCUUCUUUGCGCGUAAGGACGAGGAGCGCGCCCGACAAACAGCUAGGAGACAACAUUAUACGCAAGGAGACUAAACAUGUCGGACGGUCCCCGGCGGCGAGGUGCAUCUGCCAAAGAUGCCAGCGAGCAAGAGUCUGCAGAAGCAGGAGGAGGAGGAGGAGUUGCACUGAAGAAGGAAAUAGGACUGGUGAGCGCCUGUGGUAUAAUUGUUGGUAAUAUUAUUGGCUCGGGAAUAUUCGUCAGUCCAAAGGGAGUGAUGGAGAACGCCAGCUCAGUGGGCGUGGCCCUGUUCGUGUGGAUCAUCACAGGCGUUAUCACCGCCAUCGGGGCACUGUGCUACGCUGAGCUGGGUGUCACCAUCCCCAAGUCGGGGGGGGACUACUCAUAUGUGAAGGACAUCUUUGGAGGCUUGGCCGGGUUCUUGCGUCUGUGGAUCGCCGUGCUGGUCAUCUACCCGACCAACCAGGCUGUAAUCGCGCUCACCUUCUCCAACUACGUUCUGCAGCCCCUUUUCCCCACGUGCUUCCCACCCGAGAUCGGCCUGCGCCUGUUGGCCGCCCUCUGCCUCCUGCUGUUGACAUGGGUAAACUGCUCCAGUGUACGGUGGGCGACGAGGGUGCAGGACAUAUUCACAGCGGGCAAGCUGCUGGCCCUGGCACUUAUCAUCAUCAUGGGCAUUGUGCAGAUCUGCAAGGGAGAAUACUACUGGCUGGAGCCAGCGAAUGCCUUCGAGCCCUUCCAGGACUAUGACGUGGGAUUGAUCGCCUUAGCCUUCUUGCAAGGCUCCUUCGCCUACGGGGGUUGGAACUUCCUCAACUAUGUCACAGAGGAGCUGGUGGACCCCUAUGUAAACCUCCCUCGUGCCAUCUUCAUCUCCAUCCCGCUCGUGACCUUCGUGUACGUCUUCGCCAACAUCGCCUACGUCACGGCCAUGAGUCCCCAGGAGUUGCUGGCCUCCAAAGCUGUCGCCGUGACGUUCGGCGAGAAACUUCUGGGGGUGAUGGCGUGGAUCAUGCCCAUCUCCGUCGCUCUGUCAACCUUCGGGGGAGUCAACGGCUCGCUCUUCACGUCGUCAAGGUUGUUCUUUGCCGGGGCCAGAGAGGGACACCUGCCCAGUCUUCUAGCCAUGAUCCAUGUGAAACGUUGCACUCCUAUUCCCGCUUUGCUCUUCACAUGCUUGUCCACACUGCUCAUGCUGUGCACCAGUGACAUGUACACCCUCAUCAACUACGUCGGCUUCAUCAACUACCUCUUCUACGGCGUCACUGUUGCCGGGCAGAUUGUCCUGCGUAUCAAACAACCUAACAUGCAUAGGCCAAUCAAGAUCAACCUAAUUUGGCCGAUAAUUUACCUCCUCUUCUGGGCCUUCCUGCUCAUUUUCUCGCUGUAUUCCGAGCCCGUGGUGUGUGGUAUCGGCCUGGCCAUCAUGCUCACCGGCGUCCCUGUCUAUUUCCUGGGAGUAUACUGGGACAACAAGCCAAAGUGCUUUGAUGCUUUUGUUGACAAGCUGACAUACUUGGGUCAGAAGUUCUGCGUGGUGGUCUAUCCAGCUCAAGACAGCAGCGCCACAGACGAGGGAGAGGAAAUGAAGGAUGCCAGGUCUCCUCUGUCCAAGGAGGACGAAGACAACCACAAGUCAGCGGACUGUUAAAGGGCACGUCCGUAAGCUCCAUCCGCUCCCGGCCUGCACGCAGAGUGCAUCAAGCGCCCAACUCGCAGGUGGAUUUACUGAUCAACACCAGUGCCCCCGCCACCCUUCCCCUUACUGUGUUCAUAAUAUAUCUGUGCCAAAUAGGCUGUGGCAUCUCUAAAAGCAAUAUCGUCUCACACACUUUCAUCUGGGGGCUCUUCAAGUGUGCAAUAAAGAUGGGUUAGCUAAUUAUCAUCAUCAUCUUCCUCCCCGCCACACACUCCCUUACACACUCCUCCUGAAAGAGCAUCAUCCGUUAGUUUUUUUUUUAAAUAUUGCUGUGACGGUGUCUUAUUUUUUUCUACUUUUUUUUUUUUUAAAUCAUGUAAAUGUUGCUUUUUCAGACAUUCAGAACACCAAAGUUGUGUUGAAUUGUCCAAUACAAUGUUGUGAAAAACGUGAAUUCUAGAAUUUGAUUACAGAAUUAAUUUCUUAAAUUUUUUUUUUAUUGUGCUAAUUGUUUAUAGAUUUGUUUGUGUUUGAUACUUUAGAGCAUCAUUUAAUUUUCAUCUGCUUGUUUUUUUUUUAACUCACAGUAGAUGUGUGAUCUGUACCAAGUAUAUUUCAAUGUGCACAGUUCGUGUUAUUUGCCUUAAAUUAGAAUAUACUGUAUGUCGUGGCAUUUAUAGCCAUGUAAUGACUAAUGUGAAGAGAUGUUUUGUCCUCUGGUUUUUAUGAAAACAGUAAACAAACAAGCGUCAUUUUUUUUUGCGUAUAUUUGUAGUUUCCCCAGACGACACAUAGUCUAAACCAGGGAUCUCCAAAAUUCGGCUCGGGGCCAUUUGCAUUCUUUUUUUCAUUUUUUUUAUUGACUUUUAAGGCGAACACAUUUUUAGUAGUCUGAUCACAUAUCAAAUGUUUUUUUUUGUUUGUAAACAAGACAGAAAAACAACAAAGGCAUGGCGACAUAAUUAAACACAUUGAAGCAAGAAUACCAACAGCCAAAAUUAGGAUAGACGUUAUACUAAUAAUAGUAAUCAAACCAAAGGUCAUAUGCAAGAUCUUUUCUCUUGAAAUAUAUAUAAUUUAUUAUAGGUGGAUUUGGCCAUCUGUCAUGGCCCUGCGAUGAGGUGGCGACUUGUCCUGGGUGUACGCCGCCUUCCGCCCUAGUGCAGCUGGGAUAGGCUCCAGCACUCCCGCGACCCCGAGAGGGACAAGCGGUAUAAACCAAAUAAAAAAUGGCCAAAUCAUCCUUUUAUUCUUCAAUAUGUGGCCCUCGGUAAAAAAAAGAGAAAAAAGAAAAAAGGUUUAUACAAGAAUCCCAGCACCGACACCUGAAUGCCUGUGUUGAAAACUAUGAUCAGCAAAACUAUUUUUCCAUCUAUAGCUGUUUUAUUUUAGGACAAAAAAUACAUAUUUUCAUUUAUGUAAUUUACUAAAGGUUAGUCCUCGCUCAAGCAUAUGUGUGAUUACUGUGUGUGUCUGUCAACAAACUGUAACACUCUUGUAUUUUAAAGUCUUCAAAUAUGGUCCUGUUUCUCAGGGCAAACUACAAGCUUAAAUAUGCUGCCUAAACACUUAAGAAAAACAGUUAACUUCUUUACCGGUGCUACUUAGUUUUUUCACUGCCUUUUUCCUCCUCCCACGAAAGAUGCUGAAUUCAUAAUGAGCAUUGUGGGAAUGAUACUUGGCCAGUUAAAUGGGUUAUACUUGUGAAGCGCUUUUUUACCUUCAAGGUACUCAAAGCGCUUUGACACUAUUUCAGGUAUAACCCAUUUACCCAAAAUCACACACACAUUCACACACUGAUGGCGGGAGCUGCUAUGCAAGGCCCGGAGGACACAACAGAUGCCGGGGAUCGAACCAGGAACCCUGAAGUUGCUGGGGAAUCCCCAUUUACAGUUACAAUGCUGUGAUACGUGCCUGUUAUGUUGUGUACACAGUAUGUCUCGUUGCAAAUAAAAACACUGACAGAUGUGUUGUCAA